GGGAGCUGCUGCCCGCACUCAAGAUGGCGGCCCCGGAGGGCGGGGCCCGCCGCUCGGAGGCCGCGCAGAGGGGUGGCAGUAUGGCGGCGGCCGAGGAGCCGACCCGCGGGGAGGCGGACGAAGAGGAGGAGGAGGCAGAGCAGUUGGUUCUGGUGGAAUUAUCGGGAAUUAUUGAUUCAGACUUUCUCUCAAAAUGUGAAAAUAAAUGCAAGAUUUUGGGAAUUGACACUGAGAGGCCCAUUCUGCAAGUGGACAGCUAUGUCUUUGCUGGAGAAUAUGAAGACACUCUUGGGACCUGUGUUAUAUUUGAAGAAACUGUUGAACAUGCGGAUGCGGAAGGCAAUAAUAAAACAGUGCUAAAAUAUAAAUGCCACACAAUGAAGAAGCUCAGCAUGACAAGAACUCUUCUGACAGAAAAGAAGGAAGGAGAAGAAAACAUAGGUGGUGUGGAAUGGCUGCAGAUCAAGGACAAUGAUUUCUCCUAUAGACCCAACAUGAUUUGUAGUUUUCUGCAUGAAAAUGAAGAUGAAGAAGUUGUAGCUCCGGACCCAGAUAAACCUUUGGAGUUGGAAGAGCAAGAGAUUCAAGUGAAAGAUAAUUCAAACCUAAGUUACGAACAGGGGAAACCACCAAACUUGGAAACAGAGGAUUCUGGUCCUUUUAUUGAUAUCCCUUCUUCUGAGACAGAAGGCUCUGUUUUUACGGAAACUCAAGAUACUGCCUUAGAAGUCACCCCUAGAUGAAAAGUUUCUCAUAAUAGCUAGUCAUGAAAUUUUUAGGGUUUUUUUGUUUGUUUUUUUAGGGUUUUUAUAUAAGAUAAUUGGCUUUAUAGCUUUCAGUUCAUAAUUUCAUUAUUUUUGUUGGCUAUACACACAUUUCCAAUUACAGCAGUUUGAUAUACCAGAAUUAUUAAGGACCAGAUAUGAGUUUUUUAAAAUAUGGUUUAUAUGACCAUAGUGACCCUUCUGUGAUGAGUCCUUUAAAUUGCAGGUUUUACUAAGGUAAGUGUGUAAGUUUCUUUUGCAGCCAUCAUAAAUUACCACAAACUUAAAACUGGCUUAAACUACCUAAGUGCAUUGUCUUACAUUUUGUAGGUCAGCUGUCUGACAUGGGUCUCACUUGGGCUAAAAUCAAGGUAUUUGUGGAACUUCAUUCUUUAUUGGAGGCUGGAGGUGGGGUAGGGGACUCCCAUCUCCUUGCUUAUUCAGUUGGCAGAAUUCAGUUCUUGGCGAUGGAAAGAUCAAGGUCCCAUUUCCUUACUGUGGGCCUAGAGGCAUUCCCCUCUUGUAGAAGGCUGCCUGCAUUCCUUGACUCAUGGUCCCCUUCUCUUCAAAGCCAGCAAUGGUCAGGUCCCUCUCACUCUCUGAAUCUCUCCUUCUUCCAUCAUCCUGUCACUGAUGGGCCCUUCUGCCUCCUACUUUUAAAGAUCCAUUUGAUUACAUUGGGUACUUCUGGAAUUUGCCUGUUUUAAGGUCUAUAACCUUAAUUCCAUCUGCAAAGUCCCCUUUGCCAUAUAAUUUAAAUAGGCAUAAAACAGAAUUAUGGCAUGAAAAUUUUGGGGCGGGGGCCACUUUCCAGUCUACCAAAGUCAAUGUUACUUCUGAGAACAUUAAAAUAAUUCAGAAGUGCUUAAGGAUAAAAGAAUAGUUCCUGAUAUUUCAGUGUAAUUCCACUCCUUUCCCACUGAAGAAAGAUUGGAAUUCAGCUGUGAAUAAGUCAUUCUACUAUGGUGAUAACCUAUAUCUGCUCUAACUUGUAUUUUUUAAAGUAGAUUAUUCAUAUAACUUUGAUACAGGUUGAACUGUAUGAAAUAGCCAAUAUUUGUUUCUGACUACAAAAACCAGCAAUGUCAUAUGGUUUAACCCGGUACUUAGUAAGUUCAAACACACCUCACAUUAAUUACAUCUCACAACUGUUGAGGAUAUAACUUUGUUGUGACAGAUUCUAAUUCUAAUUCUGUUCGUAAUUCUAAUGUUCUAGAAUGAGGAAUUUUUUCCUUCAGUAAGUUUUGUAACUCUUUACUAUUUAAUUGGAAAACAACUUACCCUGAUUAAAAGUAUUUCCAAAUCAUAA